ACUGAAAGAGGAAGAAGGGCUGGGGACAGUCAGAACUUCACCAACAGAAAACAAGGAUCAGACCGAGAGAACCCAGCAUUAAAAGCUCUUCGGAUCCUGAGGGCCCAGCUUGGGAGGACUGGGAGACACACAGGCAAGCCCUGGAAGCUCCACCAUGAUCCCACAAGUAGUGACCAAUGAGACUGUCACAGUGAUUUCUCCAAAUGGAGUUAACUUUCCCCAAACAGACAAACCCCAGCCUACCCACCAGAUUCAAGACAACCUGAAGAAAUAUCUAAAGGCAGAGAUCAAAGUGAUUGCGGCGAUCCAGAUCAUGUGUGGUGUGAUGGUGCUGAGUCUGGGCAUCAUCUUGGCAUCGGCUCCAACCACCGCACACUUUACCUCAGUGAUUUCUGUCCUCUUAAAUUCUGCCUACCCAUUUGCAGGAGCUGUGUGCUUUAUCAUCUCUGGAAUUCUGUCAGUCAUCGGGGAGACAAAGUCAACGAAGUUUUUGGUAGAGGGCAGCCUGAUUACGAACAUCCUGAGUAUUUUAUUUGCUUUCAUGGGCAUCGUUAUCCUCUCUGUCAGCCUGGCUGGUUUGCAUCCUGCCUCAGCGCAGUGUGAGCAGAGCAAACCUCCUCCACCAACUGAGCAUUAUUUCUACCACCGCCGUCCCCUCAACAACGACUGCUCUAGCACCAAGGCUGUUCUGACUGGAGUCCUCUCCCUGAUGCUGAUCUUCAGUGUGUUGGAGCUCGGCCUGGCUAUGCUCGCUGCCACGCUGUGGUGGAAACAGGGUCACUCUGACUUCUCUCGGAAUGUGAUUUUCCUGUCUCGUAACUCAAAGAAUGAAUCCAACAUGGAAUCAAAGUCACUGUGUAACCCUGUAUAUGAACAAUAAUUAGUUUUUUUAAGAAUAAAAACAAAUUUGGAAGUAUACAGCAGAGAAUCUAUCUUCAAGAUAAUGCAGAAAAUCAAACCAUCACAGCGCAGCAAUGCUUAA